AUGCGAAAGCUGGAAAAAUUGUCGAACAAGCUAUCUCGUCCAUCCGCACAGUACAAAGUAGCUCUCCUAGAAGCCCGCCGUGCUGGUAUCCUUAAAAACUUGUUUGUUGGCAUUUCAUUUUGCUGUAUGGGAUUGGUGAAUUUUUCAUCGUUCGCAUUAGCUUUCUACGUUGGGAUCACUUGGGCUGUCGACGGUCAAAUUCAAUUGCAAGAUCUGCUGACGACUUUCUUUUCUGUAAUGAUGGGUUCACUCGCUUUGGGACAAGCUGGCCCACAGUUUGCUGUUUUGGGAGCAGCUCAAGGUGCUGCUGCCAGUAUCUACGAGGUUCUCGAUAGGGAACCUGAAAUAGACUCGUCAAGCAAAUUAGGCCGUCGAGAUGUAAAAAUCAAAGGCAACAUUGAAGUGAAGGAUAUUGUGUUUAACUACCCAUCUCGACCUGAUGUUCAGGUACGCAGUUAUCUUACACUGAGGUGA